AUGGCUCAGGUCUACACGCUCAACGUCCUCAUCGACAACGCCGUCCUCGCUCUCCACUCCAAGGACUCGCUCUGCAUUGCCAAGAAGGUCAACGGCGUCUACGAUGUCGUCUUCCAGGGCGCUGCCCCGGUGCCUUCGGGCGACCAGAAGCUGCUUCUGGCCAACAACCAGUUUCAGUGGACUGAGGAGUACCGCGUCUUUCUGACCCAGUCGUUCGGUAACGGAGUCAUGAUCUCCCACAGCACCACCCCAGUCGAGAUCUCUUUCGGCCAGGUCGCCAUCUGGAAGGACGGCGCCCUGCAGCCGGCUGUCACCGCCGACACGAGCACGUGGGACCUGGUUGACGGCUCCAGCCCGGACACGACCUUCGCGGUCGAGUCGGCGCCCAUCUCGCUGCAUGCGGCUGUCGAGCAGUCGACGGGCGGCGGCCAGUACAGCACCAUCUAUGUCGACCCGGAUAUCCACAUGGGCGACACCCGCAUUGAGCUGACGCCCAAGAACGAGUACCUGGUCUUCUGGAAGAAGAUCACCACCACCGAGGCCAUGUUGGCAAUCUCGACGUCGGUCGGCCACCAGUGGAAGUUUGCCCCGGGCAAGACCAUAAAGACCAUCCGCUUUGGCUAUGCCACGCCUGAGCAGCCCAGCAGCGCCCUGGAGAUUCCCACUUGGGCUGAUGAGGCCACCUGGACCCUGGGGCCUCAGCACCUGCGAGGCGGCCCCCCUAAACACAGCAGCGCGCAGGCGGCCGCUCGGCACAGCUGA